AUGUCUAUUUCAUUUUUAAACAACUGGUCCACAGGCAGUCGAAACGCCGCAGCCACUGUCUUCCGAGCCCUCCCCGCCAACGUGCAAACGGGCAUUCUCUCGAGUAUACUCCAGAACGAUCAAUCGAAUCUAAACCAAAAUGCCAUCCUAGACGUUCUUCAAAGCUUACCGACCGAAAUAAAAAACGAAAUCCUUUCGGAUAUCACAAACUUAACAUCCCAACUACCCAAAUGUCGGAAUACAUUGGAUAUUGUCCGUUGUGUUUUCACGACUUUAUCUCCAACUGCGCAGGAAACGAUUGUUUCGAAUAUACCAAUUAUACAAGAACAGCUUACUGCUCACUCGGUCACGCCUGAGGUUAGAAAGGAGGUUCUUGCAAAUAUAACCCUUGUUAUGGAACGGUUAGGUAGCCGGGAAGGCAGUCCGAUAGAUUUAUAUUCAAUUCUCGAGGCUAUUCCUGAUGAAGUACAAGUAAAGAUUCUUUCGAACCUAUCCAGCAUCAAGGAACAAGUCACUACCAGUUCUCUACCGGUCGAGUCACAAACCGAGAUUAUUGAAAGUUUGAAUAAGCUUAAAGACCAAUACACCAUCAGCUCACGGGGUAGUGCCGAAGCCACAGAGCCGACCGAUGCCCAGGGCGAGGGGGCAGCAUCACUAAAGGCUCAAUAUAUCAAAGCUUCAAAUGGAUUUGAAAUCCAUGCUGCUCUAAGCAAACCAGAGAUAUACAUCGGCUGCCUUGAACAGUUUGGAAUGGUUAUUCAAUACAUUGCUGCGAAUAUGUCUGGAACUCAAACACCAUGGGUCGAUAUCUCAGAACAUAGUUUUCUGGACGAACCGAUAUUUUUACCGCAAAAGAAUGAAGGAAACGGCGUAAACGACGGACCCACUUUCGUUGUCAAGCUUUCCCUUGACCGGGAAGACAGUUCAUUAUCAUUGGGACAAUUGGUCUUUGAGGUUGAAAGGACAGCGACGAUUAAAACCCUCAUUACUGCGAUUGCAGCAAAAGCAAGACCCACAUUAGCAGCUCGAGUAGUUGUUCUAAAUAAGCCUUGUCGGAUCAGUCUUAGACGUGCACCAGACGAUGGCGGGAAUGUCUGUAUAGUAACUACCAUAACGACGAAUCCAAAACCCGGCCACCAACCAGGAUUGGCACCGUUAGCUACCCCACCGGCACCUAGAGCGCCUCGACCAGACCUAACUUCCAGCGGAUUGCCGAAGCGACGGAUGCCAAAGUUGGCGGCUGCACAGUUUUUUACACAGUUGGAACAGAAGGGGAAGGAUUAA